AUGCACAAGUCAUUGAUUGUCCUGGCCCCGAUUUCUUCACAAACCAUCCCAAACCAAGGUAUCAAUGACUUGCGCUUCGCUUCGUUGGCUGGGGUGAGCUGCAUAUUGUAUUUGAUUUGUGUGGUGGGCUACGUUUUUUCUCGUUCGCACAUCAGCCCCACCUUGCGCGGCCUGGAAGCCUUGGAGCCCAAAGGUGGCAUCACAGGCAUAUUUAAGAUGCUCUCGCUUUCCAUUUUUGCCUUUUGCUGCCAGCCAAACGUGCCAUCGAUCUAUACCGAGUUGGAGCAAAGAAGUUACAAACGUAUGCAGAAGGUCUCUCUCCGUGCAAUGCUGCUCUGCUGCUUCGUUUACUUGUUGAUGGGUGUCACUGGCUUCUUAGCCUUCGGCGAAAACACCAACGGCAAUGUCCUGGGCAAUCUUCAGCCGAUGCUUUGCGCCAACGACUGGAUUGUGCGCUCUGGUGUGGCUGGUAUGGCUUUUGCAGUGACCAUGGCAUAUCCGCUGAACAUUUUCCCAAUCCGUUUCUCAGUUGAGACAGCCCUCUUCUACCACAAGCCGCAGCUGGAUCUUCCAGGCAUGCGAACAGGCAUUGCCGUGGUAGCAGUGGCGUGCAGCCUUGUGGUAGCGAUAGCGUUGCCCCAGAUCAACUUGGUCUUUGAGCUCAUUGGGGCCACUACUGGGAGCUUCGUGUGUUUUCUUGGUCCGGGCCUCCUCUUCCACCGACUUGUG